AUGGAAAGGAAAAGCUAUGAGCAGGAAUUUCUAGAUUUAGAUACCAAUACCCUAGAGAAUAUUGAAGAAAAUUUGAAGGAACAACAUGAAAUGAAACGUAAAUUGGCGUUGGAUGCCAAAGUUUAUGGUAAAUGGCGUGAUGGCGUGGAUGAUGACAACUUUGUAUUUGAAUCGAAGAGUGAUAAUGAAGCAUAUGCUGAAUUAAAUUGGUUGGACACACAGAUGGACCACCAGAUGCAUCAUGAAAAAGAGGAAGAGGCGGCUAAAGAGAGACAACUAAAGUUACACCAUGACCUCAAAAAAACUGAAGAACUGCAAGAUGAUACAGAACUAAUUAGAGACAAAGAAAUAGGAGAAAUACGUUAUUUUCAAGAGUAUCACAUGAAUCAGCUAAGAGAACAGCAAAAGGAGAUUGAUGAUCUGAAGGAAAAAGAAAAACAGUUAAAAGCCAAUUUAAAUGAAUUCGAAAAAGAGCUGGAGUUGUUAGAAGAAUCCUAUCCCGUUUUAAGUAAACCCAUCGAUGUUGGCAAUGCAUCUAACUUAUAUAAGGUAAAAAUAUUGAUGCGCAACAGAUCGGAAGUAUUUCGUAAUAAAAUUAAACUUUGCUUAAGUAUUUUGGAGAGAUCUACGAAAUUUGCUGAAAACUCACGAAUAUUAAAUAAUUUUAUGGACGAGUUGUAUCAACAAUUGGAUGUGGAAAAUCAUAAAUUUUCACAACUUGAAAACAUGCAUGAUUCCGAAAUCAAGCAUCACCUACAGUACAGCGAGGAGAUCUGGCAGCAAGAAAAUAAAGAACGUUACGAAAAGCUCAAGCAGUUUAUCAUGGACGAGCAUAUUUUAAUAAAAACUGCUUUAAAUGAGAUAAUGAGAAAACAUGAAGAAUUUUUGGAAAUAAGGGCUACACACUUGGGAAACAUAGAAAACUCCAGCGAGAAAUUAAAAAUUUUAAUACAGGAUAAAGAGAACCCAGCACGCUAUUAUGCUUGUACAUCUUCAGAUGCUGAAAAAAAUAUGCAAUUUUUACCACGAUACGAAACUGCUUACCAUAUUAAAAAGAGCCAGGAUGAAUCAGCCAAUACACCACUUUAUUCACCACGUCGUAUUGGCCGUGUGCAUACCAUGAAAAUGUAUGAUCCUCAUAACCAAGUGGACACUUUCAUACGUCAUAAUUGUCAAGAUUCGUAUUAUACCAAUAUGUCUCCAAGCCAUAACGACAAUCAAGUCUCAAGAUCAUUUACUAACAUGAACUUGGACAUUUCGGGAAAUCAACAGAAUCAUCUUUCUCACCGAGAAAUAGAACUGAACUAG